CCCUGUAAGCUGCUUCCCUCCCACUCUUCCCUUCAGUCUCCCUCUCUGCUGCUGCCGCCGGAGCGCUGUGCUGCUGGUGGGCUCCACAUGCAGUGAGGGUUUUUCCUCCCAGCUCCUCGGGAAGAGCCAGAGAGUGUAGCAUAAAAGAGGGGGUUUCUGCGUCGGUGCUGAGGCUGAGGCGGCAGGAUCUGACAUCUCUGAUUCCGGCAUGAAGCCGCGCGCCGGCGGAAGGGCUCGCACAGGUAGAGCGGUCAGUUCCGCUGCUGGACCGAGUGUCCUCGCUCUCGUGUGGGCGCCUCGUGCUCGACUCGUUUAAACACAUGCGAGGGAAGGAACACAGACAAACCAUGAAAAAGAUUUACAUUGGUAAAACCGCCUUAAAAGUGCCGCGAAACGGCGGCAAGCACCCCAAGAAGAGCUCAUUGCUGGAGCAGAAGGAAGACCUGCGCAAGCGCCUGUCCUACACCACACACAAGCUGGAGCUGCUGCAGGGAGAGUUCGACUCCACGCGCCAGUACCUGGAGACAGAGCUGCGACGCGCUCAGGAGGAGCUGGACAAGUUCACCGACAAGCUCCGCAGAAUCCAGAGCAGCUACUCGGCACUGCAGAGGAUCAACCAGGACCUGGAGGAGAAGAUCCACCGGGACUUGCAGCACCAUGACGACGAGAAGCGAGCGCUGAGCCGCGAGAUCAUCGUGCUCAACAACCACCUGAUGGAGGCCAAGCUGACCAUCGAGAAGCUGCAGGAGGACAACGACUUGUACAGGAAGGACUGCAACUUGGCCGCUCAGCUGCUGCAGUGCAACAAGUCUCUGUACAGAGCCCAGCUGUCCGAGCUUCCGGAUGACUUCCUGGACCGGCUGACAAUGCACCUGGAAGAGACGCCGCUCUGCCGCACCUAUUCCGACUCCGUUCCUGCCGCCUUGAUCGCCAAAGUGCUGGAGAAGCCCGACGAAGGCUGCAGCAGCAGCCAGGCGUCCCGCUCUCCAAGUCCACAGCCACGAGACCACACCUUCAUCUUGGAGGGUUUGGGUCAGGGCGAGCGCCUGGGGUUGAGAGGGAUCUACAAGUCGGACUUGUACAGCAGUGACACGGCUCUUUACUGCCCCGAGGACCGGCACAGGGAGCGGCGGCCCAGCAUGGACGUCCACGGCCAGCGGACGCUGCUCUACGGGCCCCAGAAUUCCACUGACAGCAACCCAGAAGAAGGUUCUGUCGGACUGAGAUCUGGUUUCUCUCAGGAGCACUUUGCCAAGUUCCCAACCAACCUGGGUGCCGGGUCCAGCUCCUACUCCAGCUUCAGUGGUGCCGGGUCGGAAGACAAAGGUAACGGACCACCAAGCAGCGCAGCCUCGUCCCCGCACCACCACUCUCUAUACAUGGAAUGGAGAGAAGCCGGAGACUUUGAGCGCAAGAGCGAUUCGUCCUGGGAGCAAGACAGUACACAAGGCUUCCCUAACACGCACCCCUUCCAGCAGGCCGAGCUGGGCCACCCCCAGAACGGCAGCUCCCCCGUCUACAGUCGCACCAUGUCCUCCUGCUUCAGCGAGCCCUACGAGCCGCUGCCGCCCUCUUCGUCCCCCAGUGUCGCCUACGGAGACAGUCGUCGUGGCAGCACGCUGGCACCCGAGGAGGAGGAGCUGAUCGGACGCUGGAGGCAGCUCAGCGUGGAGGACCUAAGUGCCCAUUCGUACCGCAGUCCAGGCCGCGCUUCACCCUACAGCUUCUCAGAGCAGCACUUCUCAGUGCGGCCCGCCAAAAUCCGUCUGGGGCCGCUGUACAGUAGUUUCCAGGAAGGAGCCGACUACUACCACCAGGCAGCCGGAGCGAUGGACCAGGUGUGGGUGGCGGCGAGCCCCAGCCCCGAGUCCAGCCCCGGACCGAGACAGGCACUCAGCCAGGCCCACCUGUACCGGGCCGAGGACAGCCAAGGGUCAGAGCACAGUCUCUACCACUCAGGGAGCUCCAAAGACAGGGAGGGCACCGCGGCAGCCGGAGGACAAGCCGCCGACUACGUAGACCCGAGUCCCAACAGCUCCACCGAGUCGCUCCAUCAACGCUCCCUCGAGUUGGGCGCAGACCUCCAGCACUAUCAGGUGGAGAUGCACAGCCUUCCUGCACAGGUGAGUCAGUCGCCACCAGCAGCCCCGCCCCCUCCUCCUCCGUUCCACCAAAAAUUUGGCUCCUUGGGACUUUCCAGGAAGGACAGUCUGACCAAGGCCCAGCUGUACGGGACUCUGCUCAACUGAGGGAGCGGCAGGCUCGACCGCUUUUGUACGGAUUAUCCCUUUGCUCGUCUUGAUUUGAAUAUUGAAGUUUUCGGGAAAUGUUCAUGGUGUAUGUUGAGAGAAUUCGAGGUCUCGCUAGUGACUUGGUGAAAAUGUCCGACAAGAGGAAAAAAGAAACCACAAGAUGAAGUCAGAUUGUAUUUUUAAAAAUAGUUUCAAAAAUUGCAGACUGGCAGGAAACAGUGGCGCUGUGUCAGAGGAAACUGUGACUUUCUUGAUACAAAAUCCAAAAAACAAGGGUAGUUUUGCGUUCAGGUGUAGGAAACAAGGAAUUUAUGGCUAAUGGAUGAAAAGGCACAUUUAAAGAAGAGUCAUUUUUAGGAAUAGAAAGUGACGUUAAAAUGUAAGCUUUUGGCGGUUACCUCUGAGACAUCUGACCUGCAAACACAGGCUGUUGUGUCUCAAAAUAAAGUUGUUACAGUGAGAGACUUAAAGAUCAAAACCGUGCAGAGCUGAAGCUCAAGUUCAGAGGAAAGUAGCAGCUUUGCUGAACACAAUCGAUGCACAGUUGAGCAUCACAAUUCAAGUCGCAUAAGUAAACACGAGAUAAAACCAGGAUGAAAUCAUUUGGAGCUUGUGUAGCUGAAGAAUUUCAACGAUUCAUCACGUUUUUAUUCUCAACAUUUUCUCUGAGCCAAAAGAACUACACCCAAAUUAUUUUUGACCCAGCGAUGGAAAGAGGGGGCGCUCUUGAGUUUAUACAGUUUUGAAAUACAAAUGUACAAAAAUGUUCUAUUUUGUAUGUAGCUGUCGGGACCUUGCUGUACAUACAUUUAAGGCCGUGCUGGGCAGAGCGGACUCGUGAAGCAGCUAUGAAUAUACGUUUUAUUUCCUCCUCUGUUGGCUGAAUUCUCGGUAUCGAUGUUCUCUCUUGUCCUCGAUGGAACGUUUUUGAGAUCUGUGUUAGCCGUCGGUUUAUUUCUGCUCGUGUGCUCUGCUGAGAGGUCUCCCCUCCCCUGUUCUACCUCAAAUUUGAACACCCCAAGAGGCGAUGUAACCUUGUUUUUAUUCGGACGGUGAUGCAUGUUUAUAUAUACACACACACACACAUAUAUAUAUA